AUGAAGCUUCCGUGGAUCGCUGGAGCUGUGCUCUUUUCGUCCACAGCCCUAGCUCAGACGUUCCAACGCCUGGGAGGAUGCCCUGAGUUGGGCUGUGUCUUUCCACCAGACCAGACGGAUUUCCUGGCUGGCCAAUAUUUUGACAUUCGUCUCGAAGUCCACUCGCCUGUCAAUGGCUCUGAAGCUCGCGAAGGAGAACCUGACCCCAAUUUCACCUUCACCAUUACGAAGAAAGGUCGUAAUAACAAACCACAGGCGGCUACCGAAUUUUUUGGUGUAGAGGAACCUGAACUUGAGAAAUGGGACUUCACUUGGUACGAAGAUUUAUUUGCGCGAGAUGCGAAGAAACCCUCAUUGGUCAAAGUUGCAUCCAAAGUCUAUCGACAUGUUGCGUUAUAUCAGCCAGGAGAGUACGAAGCAACUCUCACCUACUAUGACGGCAAAACAACAACAGCUACCUGGCUCGUUCGAGAUCUAGCUGAAGUACGCAAAGCGAAAAAUGUGAUCCUGUUUAUUGGUGAUGGCAUGACCACUAACAUGAUCACCGCUGCACGUAUGAUUGCCCAUCGUUCUGUCAACGGCAGAUUCCAAAGCAGGAUGCAGAUGGAUAAAUUCCCUGUUCUGGGUCAUCAAAUGACUCAUUCCUUGGAUUCGAUCAUUACCGAUUCCGCCAAUUCUGCCACUUCCCUUUAUACUGGCCAUAAGACGACUGUCAAUGCUUUGGGUGUAUACAGGGAUUCAUCUCCAUCUCCCUUUGACGACCCCAAAAUCGAGACCAUUGCCGAGAUCUUCCACAGGGUUUACCCCAACGCCGGUAUUGGAAUUGUUACCACGGCUCAUUUGUCCGACGCAACGCCAGCUGCAUUGACUGCGCAUACGAAGGAUCGUGGUCAAGCGGGACACACGUUCUUUUCGGUGGUGGUGCAGAGGGAUUUCCUCCCUGAAAGGGCGUACCUAGGCCAAAAUUAUUAUAAACUCUUUGCGGAGAAAGGGUAUAGUGUCAGUUGGAAUAAAACUGCCUUGGCCGAAGCCCCAAACACCGAAAAGGCGCUGGGUGUAUUUUCCACUAGUGUCAUGGCUAAAUGGCUUGACCGAAACAUUUACACUGACAAUCUCAAGAACAAGAAGAACUACCCAGAUGGUUCGGACAAGGAUGCUGAUGACCAGCCAGGCCUCAAAGAUAUGACUCUCAAGGCCAUUGACAUCCUCACCACCCGCAGUUGCAACGACGGCUUCUUUCUCAUGUCUGAAGCUGCCAGCAUUGACAAACAAAUGCAUGUUCUUGACUACGAUCGCGCCCUUGGAGAACUUCUCGAGCUUGACGACACCAUUCGAGCCACUAUCGAGAAACUCCGCAGUAUGAAGAAACUUGAUGAGACUCUUAUCCUCGUCACAGCUGACCACGGCCAUGGCUUCGACGUCAUGGGCACUGUUGAUACGGAAUACCUCAACGCCCAAGACACGGACCGAGCCAAGCGUGAUGCCAUCGGGGUGUACGAAGCAUCAGGCCUGUCUCAGUACACUGUACAGACCGAGGGAUCAUUUCGCUAUAGUGAAGGUGUACAUUUCCCUGCACAGUGGGAUCCCCGCUACUCACUAUUUUCCGGAUUGACCGCAAAUCCAGAUAGAAGGGAAAACUACCAAGUGCACAAGGACGGCCCGCGACUGCCCGCAGUGACACUGAAAGACGGAUCGGAAGACUACUAUGUUAAUUACAAAGACGCGGUUUCCGGAUUCGUGAUUAACGGAACGCUUUCAGUUUCGGAAGCUCAGGGCGUGCAUUCUUUGACCGAUGUGCCAGUUUUCGCCAUGGGCCCGUGCCAGGAAGCGUUUGGAGGUGUCUAUAAUAACAUCGACAUUUUCUUUAACAUCGCCAAUUGUCUUGGCUUAGGCAAACGACAAGAAUGUAUUUAA